UCGUCUUCCAUAGCUACACAACAACAAGGCCUUUUAUAUUAACCAAAUAACAUUAUUUUAAGCGAAAUUACUCUUUUAAUUUUUAUAUUAUAAAAAUUAAAUAAUAAAUUUUUCGUUAUGUUAAUGCACAAUUUUAUUCUUUUAUAUUACUUCUCAAUUCCACUCUUAAUUUGCUUAAUUACCCAUUUCGCAAUCCAGAAGAAACUUAUCAACAUGGGUGAUGUUCCAAGUCCUUACAUUGAGCCGCCACCUCCUGCUCAGAAAUCCAACUUCCCAAUGCUAUAUUAUGGCCUUGUAAUUAUUGGGACAGCAGUCAUCGUAUUGUUCACUUACAACCUUAUCAUCAUCAAGUGGUGCGCCAAUCGUCGACGCCAUGACCUGCAGUCUGGCCAGAGACCAACUCGGUUUACAGACUCGGCAGCAGCUGGACGGAGUUUCGACUUGUCGACUUUCAAAUACAGGAAGGAUGAGAAUAUGAGUACCCAAGGCCAAGGCAGUGACUCUGAAUGUGCUGUUUGCUUAUCAGUUUUUGAAGAGGGAGAAGAGAUCAGGAAAUUGCCAGGAUGCAAUCACUCGUUUCAUGCUCCUUGUAUAGAUAUGUGGCUGUAUUCUCACUCUGAUUGCCCACUUUGUCGUUCCCGAGUUGCUGCUUCUUAUUCCUUCUGCCGUCGACAUUCUGCAGCAUCUACGCUAGAGAAUUCUCAAGAAAAUUUGCUGGGUGGAAACGUUCAUUUCGUGCCUCUCGUCUAGACUCUUGGCUGUGUUGCCAAAUCAGAUUUAAUUGCCUCUUUGCCGGGCAUGGCGGUGCCGGACAAUUCUUGGAUUUUUUUUUUUUAAUUUUCAUUUUGUAAUUUUGGGUUCUUGUGUCUUUUUUGUAUUUGUUGAUUGGGCAGCCAUGAUCACUAGGAUUGUUUGGUUUGGUGAACCAUCUUCCACUAAAUGCGUUGUAAGCUGAUCUUGUGUUUGUAUCAAGAGUGGAGUCUUUGCUGACAGCUGAGACGGUAGGUAGGGACAGAUAUUAGUAGUCCGCUUUGUGCAUAGAUUUUCUUUCUUUUUUGGUGAAAUGUUGUUAAUUAGUUGGCAGUAGCUGAAAUCAUUAGCUGAUUCUCUUCAAAGUACGUGGAAUGUAUUUAGGGAAUAUUAUUAUUUUGUUUUGUAUUAUAACAACAUUAAUGACUUGGUCUUUCUAUUUUAGAAAA